AGGAAGAAAAGAGGAUCCUGAUACGUCCGGCUUCGCCGCACUGCCGGCUCAGUGUUUCUGCGACAGUUGUCGAAUUUUUUGUUAAAGAACUGUACUAACAGCUGCCAGACUGAGCCUGGGAAGCAGGGUUUUAUGAAUGUAGGGGUAACUAGCAGAACCACGCCGAAAAUGACUCGUUACAAUAUGCUUUUUUGCCCGGAUUAUUAGAUAAGGGUAUAUUAUGGCGGUCAUGCAUUGUAUUUUAGGGAAACGUGUAAUGUUGUUCAAUUAAAAUAGUAGCAUUUGUCAGAUAAAAUGCGCAUAUUUUUCAGUUACUGGACUAUAAUUGCUCUCGUAAGAAGAAUUUAAUGGAGGCCAUCUCUAAGUACUAAGGUUUCCAUUCAAGUAACAGCCGAUUAUUGAUAACUGAGUUUCAUAAAUAAUCUAAUAAUGAUUUAAUUCAGUAAUGUCCGUUAAAUUUACGUUGUUACCCUGCUAAAAAAUGACAAAAGUGGUUUGAAAUAUUUGUAAGGAAAACCCUAUCUUAAACUUAUUUUCAGCUUUUUGGCAUACAAAUGGAAAGCUGUAUUUUCUAAGUAUACUUGUGUUUUUUUUUUUUUGGUUUUUUUUUAAAGUAGGUGAGCACUUUUACUCUCCAACCCUGUACUUAAUUGUACUUCUGUAGUCUAUAGACCUAUAGCCAGCAUGGCCACCAGUUCAGUAAUGUUGACUGGACUUGCCAACUGCAUUGCUAAGAAGACAAAUGUGCGGCCAAGUGUAAAGAAAUGCUCUUGGGCUUCCUACAUGACCAAUUCACCAACUGUCAUUGUCAUGAUGGGACUGCCUGCCCGUGGGAAGACUUACAUGUCUAAGAAACUAACCCGUUACCUCAACUGGAUUGGAGUGCCCACCAAAGUUUUUAAUCUUGGUGUAUAUCGGCGAGAAGCUGUCAAAUCCUACAAGUCUUAUGACUUUUUCAGACAUGACAAUGAAGAGGCCAUGAAAAUCAGAAAACAGUGUGCCUUAGUUGCCCUAGAGGAUGUAAAGAUGUAUCUGACAAAAGAAGGGGGCCAGAUUGCUGUGUUUGAUGCAACCAAUACAACCCGAGAGAGGCGAGAUCUAAUCUUAAGUUUUGCUCAAGAUAAUGCCUACAAGGUGUUUUUUGUGGAAUCAGUCUGUGAUGAUCCAGAUGUAAUAGCUGCCAAUAUACUGGAGGUCAAAGUUUCAAGCCCGGACUAUCCAGAAAGACACAGGGAACUUGUAAUGGAUGAUUUUUUGAAAAGAAUUGAAUGCUAUAAAGUUACAUAUCAGCCACUAGAGCCAGAUGACUACGAUAAGGAUUUGUCCUUUAUUAAGGUAAUAAAUGUGGGGAGACGUUUUUUGGUGAAUAAAGUGCAAGACUACAUCCAGAGUAAAAUUGUGUACUACCUUAUGAAUAUUCACGUCCAUCCUCGCACUAUUUAUCUCUGCCGACAUGGAGAGACAGAACACAAUAUUUCUGGCAAGAUUGGAGGAGAUUCUGAACUCUCUGUUCAUGGCAAGCAGUUUGCUCAUGCCCUUCGGGACUUCAUAAGAGAGCAGAAACUUGCUGACCUAAAGGUGUGGACAAGCCAGUUGCGUAGAACAAUCCAAACUGCUGAGGAGUUGGGUGUUCCUUAUGAACAGUGGAAAAUCUUGAAUGAAAUUGAUGCAGGUGUAUGCGAGGAGAUGACUUAUGAGAAAAUUCAUAAUUGUUUUCCUGAAGAGUUUGCUCUUCGUGAUCAAGAUAAAUAUCAUUACCGCUAUCCUGGAGGGGAGUCUUAUCAAGACCUGGUUCAGCGCCUGGAACCUGUUAUUAUGGAAUUGGAGAGGCAAGGGAAUGUUCUGGUCAUCUCCCAUCAAGCUGUAAUGCGCUGUCUUCUCGCAUACUUCCUUGAUAAGAGUGCAGAUGAACUUCCUUAUUUGAAAUGUCCCCUUCACACUGUCUUUAAACUGACUCCAGUUGCCUAUGGCUGCAAGGUGGAAGUGUUUUAUUUGAAUGUGGAAGCAGUAAACACUCACAGAGAUAAACCUACUGAUCUCACUGGAAAACAAGGCCUAUUAUGUGAUGAUAAAAUCUCAAAGGAUCCUUCCUUGAUGAGAAGGAAUAGCUUUACACCUCUUGCCAGUCCAGAUCAAGUCAAACGACCACGUCUCUACAGCGAGGGAAAUCCCCCUUGGCGGCCUUUGACAGCUGCUCCAGGAGAGCUGUGCUUUUCAGAAACUCCAGAGAGAGUCAGGCAGCAGCUCAGCCAAGAAUCAGGCCUCCAAGAUAAACUAUGAGAGCUGGGUUCCAGUCUCAACAACUGAAUAGGUCAGAAAAGGCUGCUUUUACAUGCCUCCUAGCCAGUGGAUGAUCCUAAUGUGUGGGAAUCUUCUGUUUUCUUUUUAAUGUUUUCGGUACCAAAGGUCUUUGAAUCACAAUACACACAGUAGACUAUACAGUCUGAUAUGGUGUCGCCUUUAUUUACUUAUUUUUUAAAUGAAGAUGUGUUUUCUUGAUUUUACUGGGCAGAGCUUUGUGUUGCUAUUUGGUUUAGUCAGUCACAAAUUCUCAAAACGCUUCCACAAGUACUGUAUGUCAUUUUUAAAUAUAAAAUUGGUUGCUUUCAUUAUAGCUAUGGAAAUGUUUACAGUUGAAAAAUGACAAUGGAGUCUGUAACAUUUUGAAAUGAUCCUCAGUAUAUUCAUUUUGCCUAAAAUGAAAUGCCUGCAUAGUUAUGUACAUCCUCUAAAAAUGUAAAUAUCACAUGCUUAUUCUUUUUGGAGUGCUUUUUAUUCAUAUUACCUAUCACAGACUGCUAAAGCUGCUAUUAGCUCAUUAGUGAAAGGUGUUAAAAGGCUGUGUUACAUAGCUUAAUGUAUGUCAGUCUGAAAUUUGCUUUUGUAUUUUGUCUAUUUGAACAUGAGUUACCACAUAAUAUGUUCAUUACUUGAAUUCUGUAACUUAUUUUAACAUGUCAUUAGGUUUUAAAUAAUACUAUCAGUUUUGCUAGGUGAGCACAUAAAGUAUGAAUACAAAGGAUUAAAUAAUAUGCUGUGUUUUCAGACUAAUUUAGGGAAGUUUGAGAGUUAUUGUAUUUAUAACCCCUCUGCAAUGUGAUGUAAUUGAAGGAAAGAGCAGUUUAGCAAAGAUUCAAAUUUUCCAGUGUGUUUUAUUUUUGUGCCAUAUAAUGUUUUUUGGAUACUCAAUCCUGAGUAUAUACAUAUUUUUUUAGUGUAUCGGUUAGGAAAACUAGACUAUGUACAAUUUUUAUGGUGGAAUGCAGUUUAUAUCUAUUAACUUGUAAAAAGGUGAAAUUUAUUUGUUAUCAAAGUAUAGUUCAAGACUUCACCCCUGUCACUCUAGAGAAUGUAUUUUUUAUAUCCAAAGAAAGAUCUCUUUUAUUAUUCUAUUUAAUUACAUUUUUGGAAUGUGUUGGAAGCAUGAUUCAGUCGCAGAAAUUUUGGAUUGCCAUGUACCAAUCUUUGUAUGCCUUGCUGAUGUGAGGCUUUUUAACAAUCACUUGUUGCUAAUGUUAUAAGCUGUUUUAAACAAUGUUAUGAAGUAUCUGCCUUCUCAAUGAUUUGAUAGAUGAUUGAGGAACUUUCAUUUAAAACAGAAUUUUACUCAUGACCUACAUGUAUUGUAGAAUGUCAGUCCGCUGUUAUGAUGUUAGCAGUCUAGGUAUUAUAGCAAGUACACUGGUAUCUCAUUAGUUUCAGACAUUAUAAAAUUCAAAAUGAUUGUGCUUAGUGAGAAUGUAGCAAAAGGUAAUAUGUUUAAUUAUUUUCAAAAAAUGUCAACAGGUAUUAAUUAAAAGUUAAUAUGUUGCAAAUUAUUUUUGUAA